AUGGCUUCCCUCCCAGGCUACUCCGCCGCCGGGAGGACGAGAUCGUCCGAUGGCGCCACAACCUCCAGCACCGACACAGAUAUCGCGCUUGGGGGUGAGCUGGCCCAGGAAGAGCCGUCUGAGGAUGCCGAAACCGUGCUCUUGAACAAAGGCACCUCCACACCGAACGCUGCCGAGAGCGUGACGGACAUCGCCGACAAGACCGUUGCUCGGCCCUCAAAUAAUGCCGAUACCUCCAAUACCCUGGAAGAGCCGCGCAAAUGUUGGAUCUGUUACACGGAUGAGACCGAGGACUCGCCACUAAAUUCAGAAUGGCGAUCUCCCUGUCCGUGCGCUUUGACGGCCCACGAGGCAUGUCUCCUUGACUGGCUCGCAGAUCUAGAGAACCCUCGCUCACGGAAACGAAACGGCAGUGGCACAAAGAUGGUCUGCCCUCAAUGCAAGACGGAGAUAAUUGUCACUCGCCCGCGUAGCUAUAUUGUCGACAUCCUGCGCCUGAUGGAGAGGGUUGCGGGGCGGUUGGUUCUUCCAGGCAUGGUUUUUACAGUGGCUGGUACUGUCUGGGCUGGAUGCUGCGCACACGGCGUAUACUCGAUGUAUCUCAUUUUCGGCACCGAGGAGGCAAAACAGAUUCUCGAGGAUAGUGUCGAUGGGCCAUGGAACCCCGGCAUGAACCUCGGGUUACCUCUCAUCCCUCUUGUCUUGAUCUUUUCUCGCACCCGCUAUGCCGAAGGUCUCCUCCCAGCAAUUCCUGUUCUAUUCUUCGCUGCACAUAGCCCAGGGCAAGAACCCGACUUUGAUCUUUGGCCGCCUACCCCGGCCAUGACAUUUGCCGCUCUACCAUAUGUCAAGAGCUUCUACGGCGCUCUAUACGACCGUCUGAUUGGUGGAUUGGAGCGAAAAUGGAUCGCAGAGGUGCAACCUCGUGCAGCGGAAGAAAUAUUGGACGAAGUCCAGCAGCAGGACCAGGCGGAGGGGCUUAAUCGCUUCGGUGACAACAUGAAUGGUCAAAUACUUAUGGAAAUUGAUCUUGAGUUGCAGGUAGGAAUGGACGAUGAUGAUCAGGCUCAAGCUCUUCCAGCAGCAGAGAACCAAGAUGGCGCUGACCUGGGCGCCCAGGAUGGACAAGCACAGGGACAGAACGGAGGCCAAAACAACGGGCAGGGGCUGGGUCUCGCGCGUCGACAGAAUGAGAUUAUCCACGACACCGGCAAUCUCGCGGAGAUUGUUCUCGGAGCACUCGUAUUUCCCGCCAUUUCGGCGUCCAUGGGCGGGCUUUUGAAGUAUGUCCUGCCCAAAUCCUGGACAACUCCGUCAUCGGUCCUUGAACGCAGUCGGCCAGGGAUUCUCCAGACUCGCUGGGGUCGCAGUGUGGUCGGAGGUUGCAUGUUUGUGCUGCUUAAAGACGCCCUUGUCCUUUACUGCCGGUGGAAACUCGCACAGACACACCGGCGGCGCAAAGUGUUGAAUUACAAUCGAGCUAAAAAGCAGGGUGCGAAAAGGCGAUAA